AUCAAGAAAGUUGAAAAUGCAUACACCAAGACAGACUUCUGAGUUUUGGAAAUAUACAAUGAUGUCAAUUUUGAUGCAUUAUGGUUUAUUUUCUAUACUUCUAGUACAAUAUUGUAAUGUGAUGAUAAUAUUUCAGGUAACAGAAGUUAAAAGCAUCAAUGCCAUGGAGAUGGAAGGGUUUAUUAGGAUGCAAACAGCCAUAGAAGAGAAGGGUCUGAAAAUAGAUCAAAGAACAACCGACAGACACACUUCCACCCACAAAUAUCACUGGAUGUGUGGCAUACUGCCAAAGGUAAGUCUGUGAAACUAAUUAGUACCAACAUGCUACACUCUGCCUAAUUAAUCGUACAUUUUUUGAGUAAUGUUAUGCAAACACUAUCUGGUCAAUUGUUUUUGUCAUAUUAAAAUAAUUUACCUAUGCCAUAUUUCUUGCAGGACUAGAAAAGAAGAUUGACAAACUAGGAAAACAGAAAGCUUGACUUAAGGUCAGCAAGCAAAAAAAAUCCAUAACAAACAUCUGUACUGGGUUGCAUGUUCGACCACUUUCAAACUUAGAUGUUAUGGAAGCAAAGUGGUUAUCAAUUGCCAACCAUAUACAAAACAUUCACACUCAUGACAGUGAACUGUUUCCCAGAUGUAUCCACUCCAGACUAACUGGGCAAGAAGCCAAAAAAAUGGAUGAAACCAGAAAUUCCAACAACUGGUCCCAUCAGCAGAUCCUCACUGCCUCCCUGUUCCCCAAUUUCCCGACCUUAUUCUGGAUUGAAUUCGCAGCUUCUUAUCUCAGCAAGAUUUUACAUGGCAAUUUUAUAGCUCCAUUUACCAAAGCCUCCUAUAAAUCAGACUGGACAGCCUAUAUGUCUUUCUGUGCCAUGUGUUCAGUUUCACUGACAGAAUUCAAACUUAAUCACAUGCUUGCCUUAAUAACGUACUGCUUUGAUCAUUGCCACUUAUGCCUGCGAACCAUUCAUCUUUUUUUCAGGCAUACAAUUCCACAUCUGCCUAUCUGGAUCUCCAUGUCCAGCUCUCCAGUCUCAACCAUCUAUAAAACUUCUCAGAGGUAUCCAAAAAACAGAACCUCCACCAACCUUGAAACGCCUACCCAUUACAUCAGACAUUCUCCUUCCAUUAAUAUUGAUUCUAAGGAAGGGUUACUUUACAUCCUAUGAGGACAUUUUAAUGGAGUGCAUGCUAUCAUGUUCUUUUUUUGGCUUUAUAUGAUGUGGAGAAUCCACUUGCAACUCCAUCAGUCAUCUUCCCAAUUCCAGAUUAUGCCUUCAAGAGUGCAUCAAAACAGUAAACAGCUUUACCUUUCAGCUACGAUCUUCAAAAACGAAUUCCAAGCAAGAGGGUAACCACAUUCAAUUCCACCAAACAAACUCUCCCUUAUGUCCAUAUUCUUCUAUCACUAAAUGCAUAGCAGCGUGAUUAAGCAGUUGUUUCACCACAGGCUGAGAGAAACAGCACACAAAACAAAAGACAUUAAUAAAAUAAUUUUUACAGCAGUCAUUUAUUCAGCAAACAUAGUCCUUUCCUGACAUUUGAAAUCAAUUGGCAUAUGGCAGUGCUGUGCAAUAAAAAAACCUGCUACCACCUGCAGUAAGAGUUAUGUGUGACUGUGCAGGUCCACCAAGAGGCACUCAGGUGUGCCCUGCUUUUUAAGCGUCACCUAGUCAUUUGGGGUCAGGCAGUAAACAUAAAAUGCAGGUAUGAGAGUCUUUAUAUUUAUUUUUAGUUUUAAUUUAUUUAUUUAAAUUUGGAAUC